AUGACACGUUGCGUCAUCGAGGCAGUCGUUCGAAGUGGCGUCUAUGCCAUUCUUUCCAAGGGGUGGUCCGACCGACUUCACACGAAGACUGCAGAGGCUUCCGAACCUAAAGAACCUCUCCCUCCUCAGAUCUAUUCCAUAUCAUCUAUUCCUCACGACUGGCUGUUCCAACGAAUUGAUGCUGUUUGUCACCAUGGUGGAGCCGGGACAACAGGUGCUAGUCUGAGAGCUGGAAAACCAACUAUCAUCAGGCCUUUCUUCGGAGAUCAAUUUUUCUGGGCUGACCGAGUUGAAGCUCUUGGGAUUGGCACCGGAGUUCGCAAGCUUACCGUAGAGGCCUUGACAGAUGCACUCACCUCUGCCACCACUGAUAUCAAGCAAAUUGAUCGAGCAAGAAUAAUUGGGGAACAAAUUCGUUCGGAAAACGGCGUGGCGACAGCUAUAGAAGCUAUUUAUCGAGACCUAGAUUAUGCACGUUCUUUGAUCAAGCGGACCGCAGACCGAACCCUAGACGACGAGCCGAACGUUGAAUCUCCAGACCAAGAGCAAUUCCCCCAACCUUCUCAGUCGUUGAUGGAUCGCUCUCUCUCCAGAUCCCACAGAAGCUCCCGUGGCUCUCACCGCAAAACUCCUAGCGAGGACUGGAGCGUGAUCUCUGACCAGGAGGAACCCCGGUCAUCACCAAGCUCUCGGCGAAAUAGCAGACGAAGCAGCGAAGGCAAGAUAGAAAGGUCCCCUACAGCGAAGAGGACUGGCUUAACAGCAGCUGUGAUGUCUGUUUUGCCCUCGGCGACUCAUCGACGAUCUGGUUCUACCCCUUCGCAAUCUAAGCCUAUGGUCAACCCCUAA